AUGAAAUUUGCUACCUCGAUCUCAAUAUUCGGCCUUCUCCCACUCGCCUUGGCUGCCCAGUCAUAUAAAUCGUUUCUUGUCACUUACCCUCAGAAUACUCCAGACUCAGUCAUAAAUGACGCCAAAAAAGCUCUUAUAAAUGCUGGUGGCGUUAUCACGCAUGAAUAUCACCUUCUCAAAGGAUUUGCCGCUCAAGCUACAGAGAAUACUAUCCAGACCAUUUCUACGCUUUCUACCACAUAUAACCCAUUCAUUGAAGAGGACCAGAUAGUCACAGUUGAUGGUGACCUUACUGAUAGUUAA